CCAGACGUGCCACGUGUACGUAAAGGCCGGCCGGAAGGCUAAGGCUGGAGCUGACGCAGCCGGGUUUAGCCGGGCCGGGCCAGGCGACGGCGACCAUGGAGCGGGACGGGGAUCAGCUGUCCACGCGGCCAGCCCUAGAGACCGAGGGGCUGCGCUUCCUUCACGUCACGGUGGGCUCCCUGCUGGCUACCUAUGGCUGGUACAUCGUCUUCAGCUGCAUUCUUCUCUACGUGGUCUUUCAGAAGCUCUCCACCCGGCUGAGAGCCUUGAGGCAGAGGCAGCUGGAUCGAGCUCCCGCUGCUCUUGAACCUGAUAUUGUUGUUAAACGACAGGAGGCUUUAGCAGCUGCUCGUUUGAAAAUGCAAGAUGAAUUAAAUGCACAAGUUGAAAAGCAUAAGGAGAAACUAAGACAGCUUGAAGAAGAAAAAAGGAGACAGAAGAUUGAAAUGUGGGAUAGCAUGCAAGAAGGAAAAAGUUACAAAGGAAAUACAAGAAAGCCUCAGCUGCGUUGGGUCUUUGUUGCUGCGCGCGGGCUUUCUCUGGUUGCGGAAGAAGACAGUCCUGGGCCUUCUACUUCAUCAGUCAUCCCAAAACGAAAAUCUGACAGAAAGCCCUUGCGGCGAGGAGGUUACAACCCUUUGUCUGGUGAAGGAGGUGGAGCCUGCUCCUGGAGACCUGGACGCAGAGGUCCAUCGUCUGGUGGAUGAGGCUAAGAAUCUUGUUAGUGUUGCUUUUGACACUAGCAAGAUGAAUCCUUAACCCUCGACUCAAUUGCCUUAUGCACGCUUUUCACAGUGACUACCCAGGGGGAGGGGGCUUUCUUUCUGUACUUAACUGCACCUGUGUCUUCAAGGGUUGAAGGCAGCAUGGAGUGUGGAUGUGGCCACUAGGCAGUAGUUGCAGUUGGUCACACUGCACUGAAGCCAGUGACUGUGUUCACUGAUUUCAUGGGUCAUUGCUAGUUGAUAGCUAAAGGCCUCCAAGUGAUUGGCGAUCUUGAUAAAAGAGACCUGGCAAUGAUCCUUCAAGUUAACAGGUCCUUGCUGGUAGGACAGUCUCUGUGACAGGUUGCAUUGAAUGAUGUCUUCCUUGUAAAUGGUGAGCCCACCAGCGAGGAUUACUGAUGUAGAGAGUUGAUGGGGUUGUUUCUGUAUAUUUAUUUUUAUGUACAGAGCUUUGUUAAAAAAAAAAAAAAACAAAAAACUGUAAAUAUUAAAAAAAUAAUAAUUGCAA